UUUGACGUCAGAAGAAUCAUUCCAUCCUCAUCCGGGUCCUUCUGCUCUGCUCUUUAGUAUUUACUCCGUCCAGCAGGUCAUACAUGUAAACAGCAGCUCCAUCCUUCAGGGUUAUUUUUUUACUUUCCUCUUUUCCCUGUCGAUUUUUUAACUUCGCUGAGCUCGACGAAGAUGUUCGCGCCGCCGCGGCUCAACAAGUCUCCGAGGUUUUACGCGCGUUAACGGUGGAUGGCUGCGGAAUGGAGAUCGCUUUGGUGAGCUUUGAGAACGGCGGGGCGAAAGGGAGCGGAGGAGGCGGCGGACACAAUGCCGAGGAGAGCUGCCGGAACGCGCUGGAUGUCCCUCAGUUCGUGCAGACUGGACUCGGAGAGGACUACGGGAAAGAGCUGAACACAAAGCAGCAGAACCACCCUCUUCCUCCUCCUCAUCCUCACCUCGUUCAUCAUCAGCACAGCUCCUGGAAGAUCAACGACAUGAACAACACCUUCAGCUGCAGCGAGAACACCAUGGAUGCGCUUUUACGCGCGGACCACAGUCCCCAUCUGUUCGAAGAGGGCCUGAUGGACCCGGAUUUGGACACGGAGAGCAACGAGAGGGUGCUCAUCAACAUCGCGGGGCUCAAGUACGAGACCCAGCUGUGCACCUUGAACCAGUUCCCGGACACCCUGCUUGGAGACCCAGCUAAGAGGAUUAAGUACUUCGACCCGCUGCGGAACGAGUACUUUUUCGACCGGAACAGACCGAGUUUUGACGGGAUUUUGUAUUUCUAUCAGUCCGGGGGGAAGAUCCGGAGACCCGUGAACGUGUCCAUCGAUGUGUUCGCGGAUGAGAUCCGGUUUUAUCAGCUCGGGGAGGACGCCAUGGAGAAGUUCAGGGAGGACGAGGGCUUCGUAAAGGAGGAGGAGAAACCGCUGCCUCAGAACGAGUUCCAGAAGCAGGUCUGGCUCAUCUUCGAGUACCCGGAGAGCUCCAUGCCGGCGCGAGGCAUCGCCAUCGUGUCCGUCAUCGUCAUCACCAUCUCCAUCAUCACCUUCUGCAUGGAGACACUACCAGAGUUCCGGGAUGAGCGGGAGCUUCCGGUCACCAGCCGGCCGGACAACAGCACCGCGCCCCGGCCGUCCCUCACCUUCACGGACCCCUUCUUCAUCAUAGAGACCACGUGCGUAAUCUGGUUCACCUUCGAGCUGUUCGUGCGCUUCUUCGCGUGCCCCAGCAAGUCCGAGUUCUCCAAGACGGUGAUGAACAUCAUCGACAUCAUGUCCAUCAUGCCGUACUUCAUCACGGUGUGCACGGAGCUGGCGGAGCAGCAGAGCCCGGAGCCCCAGGGCCAGGAGCACCAGAACGGGCAGGGCAUGUCGCUGGCCAUCCUGCGCGUCAUCCGCCUGGUGCGCGUCUUCCGCAUCUUCAAGCUCUCCAGACACUCCAAGGGUUUGCAGAUUUUGGGGCAAACUCUCAAAGCGAGCAUGCGGGAGCUGGGCUUGCUCAUCUUCUUCCUCUUCAUCGGAGUCAUCCUCUUCUCCAGCGCCGUGUUCUUCGCCGAGGCGGACGAACCGGAGUCGCACUUCUCCAGCAUCCCGGACGCGUUCUGGUGGGCCGUUGUUACCAUGACUACGGUGGGUUACGGAGACAUGCGGCCGGUGACAGUGGGGGGGAAGAUCGUGGGUUCGCUGUGCGCCAUCGCCGGAGUUUUAACCAUCGCUCUGCCUGUUCCUGUCAUCGUGUCCAACUUCAACUACUUCUACCACCGGGAGUCGGACCAGGACCAGUCCUCCCUGAAAGAUGAUUCCAACAGCGGGAGGGAAAGUCCGGAAGUGAAGCGAAAAGGGAGUAAAUCCUCCACGAAGUCGCAGCAGGAUGCGGAGAACGACGCGGCGACUUCACCUGGGGAGAAGGCGAACAUCAAGGCGAACAGCAGCAUGAACUUCAAGAGAUCCCUUUACGCUUUCUGCCUGAACACAAAGGAGACGGACCUGUAG